AUGUCCACCGCCGUCCCUACUACCAUGGAAGAAGCCGUCGUGGCCCUUGGUGACGGUUCAGGAAAUCGGCGUUCAGCAUGUGAUCGAUGCCGGGGUCGCAAGCUACGGUGUGAGCGAAGUCCAGGGGCUAUCAGAUGUCGGAGGUGCACCAGAGCGAAUGUCCAAUGCGUGACCGGGGCGGCGCUCAAAUCUGGUCGUCCACUGCAGUUGCCUGGUUUAUUCAGACGACAACAAAAUCUUGAUCAAGAAGAUGGCGGCGUCCAGACAUGCGCCCAGUGGAAUUCUUCACAGGCUAUCCUGGAUGUAUCCAUGCCAUCUCAGAUCGAUUUGGAGACCCGUCCAGAGACGCUACCGAACCAAGACUACGAGGGAGACCUCGAUUUUCGGAUCCUAGACUCGCCUGGUGGGGUUUAUGGCUGGGAUGAUUUGUGGGCGGGAACUACCUCCAGUUUAGAUGUGCCGUCUAUGUCUUUGACGGGGGGUAAUCAGUACGGUCAUGAGGUUCCUUUGACGCCUCCGUCAGAUAGACGAAACCAAUGCUUGGAGAAGCUCGGGGAUUUGCAAAAGGCUGUUCUUGUGGAUCUAGAGGCAGUCAAGGCGUGCAAAACAGCCGACAAGUGCCCCCAAGCCGGUUUAUCCUUCGAUGAGGAUCAACCCCAUAACUUUCUUAUAGGACGCAUGUUGAGCCAUUCCUCGGCCCUGAUUGAGAUCCUGAACUGCUUCAAUCCCAUCUCAAAGGCGGUGACACGUCAACCGUGUGGCCAUGGAUCCGGGACUACAGAAGCAUCUCAUAGCGGCUUGCGCUGCGAUGCUCCUACAAUGUUCUCACUCCUUUCAUGCUAUGUCUGCCUCACACGUAUAUACCGAACAGUUUUCUCCUGUAUCCAUGACUCUAUCCCCUUUCUGAAAGGUCUGCAACAGCCUGGCCACCAGCUGUUUCCAGGCAUGAACCUCGGAGGGUUUAAACUAUCAUCGCGUCUUGAUCUUCAAGUUCAAAUCCUAGUCCAGGUCAGCGAAGACAUGCUGUCAAGGAUUGAGGCCAGAUUCGGGCUUUCAGGCGAUGCUUCUGCAGCUCACGUAUGCAUUUUUGACCACGGAAAAAUAACCAAGAUGUUACGCAUGAUGUUGGAGGAGGAAGCCGGCGAGCAGCCUCAGUUAGACGAACCCCGAGGCGACUGUGAAUCUUUGAGAGACAUUCUGCGCAGUUUGAAACGACUAAUAAUGGUGAAAGAUACAGUCCAGCUAGAUGUGGGAUAG